UUAUACGGAGUUGCUCAGCCCUGAAACGGCUUCCUAUUUGUUAUUUUGAUUUUGUUGUGUAUAUUAAAAAUUCAAGAAAUUACGAGAUGUGGACGUUAAUGGUUCACAGUGUUUUAUUUUGUGAUCCAAUUUUAAAGCAAUGUAAACUCUGUUAAUUCGUAAUUUUGUAUAAUUAUUUUUAAAUAUAUCUCCGUGUUAUCGUUCUCUGUGGUUGUAAAAUGAUUUGAAAUGGUCCAUACUCCACACAAUUAUGGUCAUGACUUCUGGCUUAAUGCUUGGGCAUCUAACCAGACAGUCAGCAUUUCUUGCUUUAUGCCCUAUGGGAUAUUUAUUCCUUUUGAAGUUAGUAAAAAUGCUACACUCCAGGAGAUUAAAGAGGAUCUGUGGGAAGAGGCAGCAAAGUUUCCAUUACAUUGGACUCUCCAUGAUGCCUCAUCAUAUGCAUUCUCAUGCAUUAAUUCCAUGGCAGAAACAGAGGAGUUACUUGAUGAAGGAAAACGGUUAUGUGACAUAAAACCUUUUGUUGGUGUAUUGAAAUUAGUAGAAAGGAAAGGAGAAAAAGCUGAGAAACAACUCAAUGUCCAAAUUAGUCACCUCAUUGGAAGGCGGUUGCAUGAAUUUGAUUCUCUUAAAAAUCCUGAAGUAAAUUAUUUUCGAUGGAGGAUGAGAGGUCUAGGAGAAGAAGUAUCACGCUGUCGAUCGAAUAAAGGUUGGUUAGAGAGAUUGUGUGUUCAGUUUCCUCCACGUAUUGAUCCUCGGUUAUACCAUUCUGUUACCGGAAAAUUGAAGGAUGGAAACAUUUUCAUAUAUGUUAAAUACCAAAAUUUCGAUUCAACUUUUAAAUUUAAUGUUCCUCAUUCAAUGUCACCUACUGAGUUGAUGUGUGAAGUACUGAAGAAGAAAGCUCUAAAACAUCAGUCUAGAGGAGAUCAUAUUGGAGAUUUUGUAUUUAAAGUCCGUGGCCAAGAAGAAUACCUAGUUGGAAAUGUGCCCCUUGUUGAAUUUGUGUAUAUUCAAGAAUCCCUUAUGAAAGAUGUACAUCCUACGCUUAUUGUUGUUAGUGUUAAAAAUGUGCCAGUUGACACUCAAAACUUCUGUGAUAGCUUAGACUAUGCUGAUGAUAAAAGAGUCAGAUCUUCUUUUUCUACUUUGACCUCUAGGAAGAGGAAAUUGAUCUCAUCUUGGAAUAUUGAUGAUCCUUUUGCUUUUCAAGUUACUGCUAUUUGCCGAUUGAAUUGUGAUUCUACUCGAACUGUUGAGGUUGCAAUUCAAGCUGGUGUUUUCCAUGGAGGUAAGGCUUUGUGUGAACCACAGAAGACUCAGGAAAAGCAGGUAACCAAAGAAGGUGGAGUAUGCUGGGAAGAAGAUCUGCAGUUUGAUGUAAAGGUCUGCAAUAUUCCCAGAAUGGCACGUCUCUGUUUUGUCGUCUAUGAAAUAUCUAAAUCAGCACGCGGUUUAAGAUCAAGAAAGAUCAGGGAUUCAAAACAGGAGUUAUAUAUCAACCCCAUGGGAUGGGUAAAUACGACUGUGUAUGAUUUCAAAAACCAACUGAAGACAGGGGCCAUGACACUUUAUAUGUGGACUUAUGCUGAAGACAUGCAAACUGAUGAUCUUCUACAUUCUCUUGGCACCGUGGUAUCUAAUACCAAUACUGAGAAUGCUGCUGCGCUCACGAUCACCUUCCAUAAGUAUCAUUCGGAGCAUACUGUAGUUUACCCUUCAAAAGAAAAAAUAUUAGAAUUUAGCAAAGAAAACGAUGUUAUUGCUCCUAGAGCUCCUGCCUCCAGGUCUACCAUAGAACAGUUGAAAAACCUAACUGGAAGGGAUCCCCUCCAUGAAAUGCACGAACAGGAAAGGAAGGCACUUUGGUCUAUCAGGUAUGAUGUUUUAAGGUUGGAACCUUCAUUGUUACCAAAGCUUUUGGACUGUGUUGAGUGGAAUGAUCACCAUGAGGUCAGUGAAGCAAUGGCAUUGUUAAACAAAUGGCCACUUCUUCCACCAGAAAGAGCAUUGGAACUUCUUGAUUAUGCUUAUGCAGACCAAUCUGUGAGAAGUUAUGCUGUAAAGUGUUUAUCAAAAGUUUCGGACGAUGAUCUUUCUUUGUAUCUUCUACAACUGGUCCAAGCUUUGAAGCAUGAAUGCUACUUGUACUGUGAUCUUGUCGAGUUUCUGUUACGAAGAGCUCUCUGUAAUCAAAAAAUUGGUCACUUCUUAUUUUGGCAUCUCAGGUCUGAAAUGCAUGUAGCAUCGGUUUGGGUUCGUUUUGGAUUGGUCCUCGAGGCAUACUGUCGCAGUGCCCUGGAUGGUCAUAUUGGCUCCCUCUCGAGGCAGGUCGAGCUCGUGACUAAGUUAAAGUCAGUGUCUGAGGCAGUGAGGAGUAGGAAGGACAAACCAAAGCUCACAUUGCAAGACAGUUUGAAGGAAGAACAUGUUAUGGACACUGUAGCCGGGGUUCUCAAUCCUCUCGAUCCUUCUUAUCGGUGUCGCAAUGUCAGGAUUGAGAAGUGUCGUGUUAUGGACAGUAAAAUGAAACCUUUGUGGGUAGUACUGGAAAAUGACGAUGUCUUUGGAGAUGAUAUCUAUAUAAUCUUUAAGAAUGGAGAUGAUCUCCGUCAAGAUAUGCUAACCCUUCAGAUGAUAAGGAUAAUGGAUAGGAUUUGGAAAAAUGAAGGUCUUGAUCUGAGAAUGAAUCCAUAUGGAUGCAUUUCUACUGAUAAUCGUGUUGGCCUAAUUGAAGUUGUUUUAAAUGCUGAAACAAUAGCCAACAUACAAAAGGAAAAAGGGAUGUUCACAGCUACUUCAGCAUUUCGAAAGGGGUCUCUUCUAGCUUGGCUCAAGGAUCAUAACCCAACAGAAGUGAGUUUGAACAAAGCCAUUGAAGAAUUCACCUAUUCUUGUGCUGGGUAUUGUGUUGCUACGUACGUUCUUGGUGUAGCUGAUAGGCAUUCAGAUAAUAUCAUGGUUAAAAAGACUGGACAGCUUUUUCAUAUUGAUUUUGGACAUAUCUUGGGUCAUUUUAAAGAAAAAUUUGGUUUCCGAAGAGAGAGAGUUCCUUUCGUUUUGACUCAUGAUUUUGUUCAUGUCAUUAACAAAGGCCAAACAAAAAAAAUUCCUGUUGAAUUUGAAAUUUUUCAAAAGAGAUGUGAACAGGCAUUUCUUAUAUUAAGGCGGCAUGGUAGUCUCAUACUUUCUUUAUUUGCAAUGAUGAUUUCAACGGGUCUUCCUGAACUUAGUUCUGAAAAUGACCUUAAUUAUUUACGGGAAACUUUAGUUUUAGAUCUUAAUGAAAUAGAUGCUUCAGCACAUUUCAUGUCAAAGUUUGAUGAAGCUUUAAGUAAUUCUUGGAAGACAUCACUGAAUUGGGCCUCCCACAACCUGGCUAAGAACAACAAGCAGUAGCUUUUUGACAGAGAAGGGCUCCUUCCUAUGUACUCAGACUGUGAUCAUUUAAACUAUAGUGAUUUAAAUUUAGGCAGAGACUCAAUUGUAUUAAUUUAAGUUUAUCUGUAAUUUUCUAUAGAGAAUGGAUAUUUGUAUUGGUAGAUACUAUUAAAAUUUACUUGCUCAUGCAUAUUAUUAUACAAGUAUGCAUGAAUCUUAUGUAAAUUUAUUCCUUUCAUCAGUGUUACUUACAUGAAAAAGACUAAUUUAAUGACAAAUGAUUGUUUUAUCCCAAACUUGCGUUUUUGUUUAUUUUAAUUUGUUUAAUAAUUUUAUCGGUUGAACACAGCUUGGUUUAGUAUGAAAGAAUAUUCUGCUAUUAUAUUAGAUGAAUAGGGAAGUAUUACUGACUAAAUUUUCUGAAUAAUUUGAGUGGUAAAUUUUCAGUGAAAAUAUUUAGAUUGUAAUAGUUUUAGUUUUUUAGUCUAUUGAUUUUUUAUUUUUA